AUUAUUUUCAUUUUUGGGUGAACUAACCCUUAGCACUGAAAAACAACCGUCUCAUCACUUUGGAGGUUUUUUAAGUGUUCGACUCCCCCUUGUGGUCACUGCAAUAUUUUCACUCGAAUGUCCCUGUAUAUGUUUAGAUGACUCGCACUAUAUCAGCGAACUUGGACUGGUAAACAUGAAUACAACUAAAUCAAUACUGGUUUUACAACACUUUUGUUAUGUAGUUUAUUUUGCAUCAAAAAAACACAUUUAGUCUACAAGAAAAAACUAAGAGUGUUGGAAUUUUCUGAAAUGGACUAAAGCACAUAAGCAGUGUUGGGAAUCGAUCUCGGGAAUUCGUAGAUUUAUAAGAUGAUAUUUUCCAAAUUACAAAUGUCUCCAGUAAGACAAAAAACAUCAUGAGAUUUGAAUGAGACUCAAUGGGGACGUGUCUGUCUGAGUCACUGAGCGCCCCGUGGUGGAAGAGAAAUGUCAUCUCCCUUAAACCGAUGCGAACCAGUACAGUAAUACUGGAGUACUUAAUCGGCCGUGGCUGAUAGUGAAACGAGGCGGAAUUCGAUCACACACCGCCCGGACAGCCUCCAAGUCCAACAUCCAGCCGAACUCCAUACUUGAAGGAAACGCAGUUUCUCUAACUGUACCAGCAUGAAUCCAGACGGACUGUUGUGUGAAUUCGAGCGGCCGCGUCACCGUCCUUUCCUGAUCGGGGUGAGCGGAGGAACAGCCAGUGGAAAGUCCACGGUGUGUGCCAAAAUCAUGGAGCUUUUGGGUCAGAACAAGGUGGAUCACCACCACAGGAAGGUCACUAUCGUCAGCCAGGACAGUUUCUACCGGAUUCUCACUCCAGAACAGAAGGCCAAAGCUUUGAAAGGCCAGUACAACUUUGACCAUCCAGAUGCGUUUGAUACAGAGUUCAUGUGUCAGACAUUGAAGGAUAUAGUUGAAGGGAAGGUGGUGGAGGUUCCAACAUAUGACUUCGUCACCCAUUCCAGGCUGCCAGAGAAGAUACGCGUGUAUCCCGCCGAUGUGGUGCUGUUUGAGGGGAUUCUGGUGUUCUACACACAGGAAGUCAGAGACAUGUUCCACAUGAAACUGUUCGUCGACACAGACUCAGAUGUUCGCCUGUCUCGAAGAGUUCUGCGCGACAUGAGGAGAGGUCGAGAUCUGGAACAGAUUCUCUCACAGUACACCACGUUUGUUAAACCGGCCUUUGAAGAGUUCUGCCUUCCGACCAAGAAAUAUGCAGAUGUCAUAAUACCUCGUGGAGUUGAUAACAUGGUGGCAAUAAACCUGAUUGUUCAGCAUAUUCAGGACAUCCUAAACGGUGACAUCUGCAAAUGGCAGAGGGGUUCUGUCAAUGGACACUCCCAUGGGCGGAGUCUAAAGAGAGGCGUGGCCGAACACGAUGAGAAAUCAAGCGGAGGCGGGAAUCUUCCGGCAAAACGCCCCCUACUGGAGCCCAGCACACGACCACAUUAACACACAAAUGCACAGAAUAGAGUCAUAUGAUCAAAAUACCUGAAAGCUUGAAUUUUUCUGCAUGCUUCCAACACAUGAUCUCUGUCAAGUUCACUUUUCACUGAGUUUAAGAAUGCCUUCUGCUGCUUAUCUGAGUCACCUUUGACCUGUAGUCAUGUCUCUCUCAAAGAGGAACUGUUGUGUAUAUGUACAAUAGUUAAUGUCCUACAUUAUCUGUCAUAGUUUACAUAAUAAUCACAUGAAUCUGUACUGAAAUGAUACAUGAUACAACAAUCAGUACCUGUAACAGGGUAAACACAACGGUACAUCAGCAAAAAACUGCAUUUCACUGCCUGACUCGUCUCAUUGGGAUGUAAUUUCACUAUAAAACAUGAGAUUUUCAAUUACACCUGCAGUGUAUAAUGGCAUUUUAAACAGUUUCAGUGUUUCUUGCCUUAUCUAGAUCACAAACUCCUGUUUGAUCAGAUUUAGGAUAAGAUGAAAUAGAUGAAGUAAAAUACUUCUAGUGAAUCUUGUGAUAGUUUGGUAAAAUAUUAAUCUAUCACUGAUGUGUCUCUUUAUUUUGAAUGUUUCCACUGUAUAAUUUAUGUUACUCGGUCUGAAAUUGAAAUGUGAAUAUUUUAAGAUAGUUUUGCAUUUCUUCUACAAACUUUUUUUUUAAAUAUUAAAGAGAACAUGCUUAUGUGA